AAGAAUUGAGAAGGAGCACCAGGGAGGAGAAUGAUGUUUCAAUAAUCAGCGGUCAAAACCAUGUCAUGCGCGUCAGAGCCAAGAGACACAUGGAGUAAAGGCAACAUGGCGGGUUUUACGAAAAUACUACACUGACCUGUCGUCCCAGUGGAUUUAUUCAGUCAACCAAGAAGAAAUACUAAUACAAUAAGGAAAGAUUAAAUUCUUGUCAAUCAUGUCGUCGAGUUUUGGCGAUUUGCUGCAACAGGCAGAGCAACUGACGGCCGACAUGGAUAGUGGCUGGGAACUCCCGCGUGUAGAGAGAAAUCUUCACCAACUCGCCGAGGCUGGGCAGAGAUUGUGGUCUCAAACUACGGGAACUGCUGGAGAUAAUGCUCAGGUCAAGGCUUCCAUUCUGCUGGGUACCAAAGGCUUUGAUGUCCCACGGCUGUCAGAAAAACUGGAUCGUCUGGACACAGCUAAGACGUUUGAGCCUCUUGAGCCUGUUAGAGAGACUGACAUUCAGGGUUUUCUUCGAAAUGAGAGGGAAAAUGCUAUCUUAGCUGCUAUAGAGGAAGCUCGAAAAAAUACAUUUAACCAGGCUGAGAGGCAUCAAUGGUCCUGUAUGGAGAAUGAAUGGGAAAAAGAGAAAGAGAAAAUUCUAAAUUCGCUGCUGGGAGCUGGACAGGAGACAUUAGACUUCUCUGCAGAGGCUGAGGUAUUCACCACCAGUUCAUUAAAUUUACAAGGAAGAAGUGCCCUUGAUGCUACUGAACUGGCUUAUGCCAGACAGGUUUACAUCCAUAAUGAAGCUCUGAUUCAGUCAGCAAGGCACAACAUAGUGGAUGGAUUCCUUGAAAUGACAGACAGAUUUGGAGAUCCGAUCAUCAAGGAUAUGUGGAUCUUUAUCAAAGACCUGGGAGAAGAACUACAACAUUCUCAUGGUUCCUCUCAGGUCCAGACAGAGAAAGUUCGGUUUUCCCUUGAUUUUCAAAUGGCAUUUAUUCAAAUGGCAAGAAUUUUCUUAGAAAAAAGGUACAAAAAUUUUGUCCAGGAUACAGUCUAUGACAACCUGCAUCAAGCAAAGUUAGGAGGAGUGCCAGGCACUUUUCACCUGGUCAAGAGCUUUCUGAAGAUUAAACUUCCAACUGUUGUCCAAGGAUUAGAGGAUGGGGAUGUUGAUGGUUCCCCAUUAUGGCCUUUGAUUUACUAUUGCCUGCGAUGUGGGGACCCAAAGGCAGCUUUACAGGCAGUUCAGUAUGUGCCACAGCAUUUGGGAGAAUUCAGAGACUUUUUUGCUGAGUACAUGAACAGCAAAGAGAGAAGACUGAGUCCCAGCUCAGAAAGUAAACUUCGUCUUCAGUACAGGCGAUCUAUCCGUACCAGCCAAGAUCCUUUUAAAAAGGCAGUGUACUGUUUGAUUGGUCACUGUGAUGUGAUGCUGGAUUCUCAUCAGGAAGUUGCUAACAAAACUGAAGAUUACUUGUGGUUAAAGCUCAAUCAAGUGACUGUGGAUGAUGAAGAAGGAAGCCAUGACAGCCUUACAUUCCAACAGCUACAGACCAUGUUACUGGAACAGUUUGGUGAGGCUCACUUUAACGCAUAUCAGAAACCUUUGUUGUACUUUCAAGUUCUGUUUUUAACAGGCCAGUUUGAAGCAGCCAUCGAGUUCUUAUCCCGUGUCGAGACCUUCAGGAGUCAUGCUGUGCACUUUGCCAUUGCACUUUUUAAGAUGCAUCUUCUCCUGUUACCAGAUUCAAUCCAAGCUCAGCUUUUGACACCUUUCUCUGGAGAUCCUCCACCCAGUAGAAGAUUGAACUUUGCUCGACUGAUCAUGUCUUAUACUCGGAAAUUUGAGGUUACAGAUCCUCGAGAGGCUCUGCAAUAUUUUUUCUUGUUGAGGGGAAUGAAUGGCCCACAGGGUGAAGACCUCUUUAUGUCUUGUAUAAGUGAACUGGUUUUGGAAACUAGAGAAUUUGAAAUGUUACUUGGCCGCCUAGAACCAGAUGGAAAGAGAAAUCCUGGUUGCAUUGACAAGUUUCACAAAGAUACACUAAAGAUAAUUGAGCUUGUGGCCAAAGAUUCUGCAGAGAAGGGUCUCUCUGAAGAGGCAGUCAAACUUUAUGAUCUAGCCAAGAAUCAUGAAAAAGCAUUGGUAAUCUUGAACAAGCUCUUGAGUCAGGUGGUGUCAACAUCCAGUGGUCUCCAGUCUCCAAGAGACAGACUUCAAACCUUGGCAGUGGACUUAGCACAGAGAUACAGAACUCUGGGUCACACAGCAAGCCAAAGUAGAACAAGCACAUUUUUCUUGCUGUUGGAUCUGAUGCAGUUCUUUGACUUGUAUCAUGCUGGUCAGUUAGACACUGCUUUGGAUGUGAUGCAUAAGCUGAGACUAGUUCCACUUGGAAGUGAAUCAGUGGAGGAGAGAGUGGCCGCCUUUAGACAAUACAACGAUGAAAUUCGACGAAACUUACCAGAUGUGCUUCUGGCAACGAUGAACAUUCUUUACACAAAGUAUCGCAACACAAGAGGGAGUACUCAGAGCCCUUUAAUCGACAGACAAAGAGAUGAUGGUGGCCAAGAAAGGUAUCGGGACAUUUUGAGGCGCCAAGCCCGAGCCUUGAUCACAUUCGCGGGAUUGAUCCCGUACCGUCUUCCCGGAGACACGAACGCACGCCUCGUUCAGAUGGAAGUCCUCAUGAAUUGAAGCAUCCUACCAAGCCCCCCUCAGCUAACAAGCUGGUGCCCAGUUUCCUGGCAGUUUUUGAAGCGGGGAAUGGUACGUCAAACGUCAACUGUAAGGUAAAAUGACGUGAGCGAGUUCAGUCGCCUUCCAUUACCGACGGUCCUCUCAGCCCUUUGGAACCAAGAGCAUUCAUUCUUUUUCUGUUCCAUCAUAAUUUACCUUCCCUGUAAAAAGGAUUGAUCUGAAACGUGGAUAAGCGUGCAAGUAUAAAUGUUUACGGUACAAGUUCAGUUUAUUGCAGACUGAAAACAAAAUCGAUUACAUUUCUCAUAGCAAAACAGUUUUGUAAUUUUGACGAUACUGUACAGUUUGUAGUCUUAAUUGAAUAAAAAGUAUAUAUAUGUU